GAUCCACCACUGUACUUUUUUCUUUGUUCCGCUAUGCGACGUGCUAGCCAAUUCGAGCUUCCUUCACCAUGACCGUCGCACGAACCAUAAUCAUCUUCACUGCUACCGUAUCCACGAUCACGUUCAUAUUUUUCUUUGGUCGAUUACCAGCGUUUAGAAACACACCCAUAGGCUUUCUCAACCGCCUCAUCCUUAUCCACAUCCCUUCUGCACUCCGAAGACUCGAUCUCGCCCUCACCAAUGGCCGCAUCACAGAUUCCAGCUCCCGUCUGGGCAACUACCUCAUGCACGACAAGCAUCCACUCGUCGUCAUCUUCUUCCUCGGCCUCGUAACCGCUUCCGCGACGUUAUUCCUUCCCGCUGUCUGGCACCUCCUUCAAUGGUAUCACAAACUAUUAGCCUUCAUCCUACUACCACAACCGUACUUGUUCGUGUACCUGAGCGCAAAGAAGAACGACCAAACAUACAUCAACACACACAAUCAUGCCGAGCAAAUGCGACACUAUCCAUAUGAUAGGAUACUGUACUACCCAAACACUGCAUGUCGGACAUGCAAGUUCCUGAAGCCAGCGCGUAGCAAGCACUGUAGUAUAUGCAAGACAUGCGUCUCAAGAAUGGACCACCAUUGCAUAUGGGUCAACAACUGCUUAGGACGAGGCAACUACAAGUGGUUCCUCGCCCUCCUACUAUCAACAACCAUACUAAUUGCCUACGGAGCUUACCUAGCCUACUACACGCUCUCGCCUCAAGCCCGGAAACAAUAUCUGAAGUACGAAAGCUGGUACAGAUACCAUCCCACCCCCGGCGUAAACACCAAGAGCUGGAGCACCUUCUUCGACCAAAAACUCCACUACUUCCUCGCCUACACAACCAUCUACCUCGACGUCGGCGGCGUCCGAGGUUCAGGCGUAGGCCUCCUCGCACUCCUCACAUGGCCUCUCCCCCUCGCCCUCUUUGGCUACCACAUCUACCUCAUCUGGGCCGGCAUGACGACCAACGAAAGCGGCAAGUGGUCAGACUGGAGCGACGACAUGGUAGAAGGUGUAGUUUUCCUCGGCCAGCGAAGAGAAGAUACAAUGCACGGUCACUCUUCCUCGUCAUCAUUUCAAUCAGAAGAAGAACCACCGACAACCUGGCCCCUGGAAAGCAGACACAUACUCAUCCGCACGCAAACUGGUCAGCCCCCCAAAUCCCUGCCCAGUCGCAUCAAAUCCGUCGCUCAGGAAGAUAGUUUUGAGCGCGUGUGGAAUCUGGCAAAGGUGGAGAAUGUGUAUGAUUUGGGAUUUUGGGAUAAUGUUUUGGAGGUUCUGUUGAAUUAGCUGGUUUCGAGUGUUAGCGAUUGUUGUAUAUAUACAUAUGUACUACAACGUGUAGAUAGUCUGAGCAUACACACCUACCCAUUAUUUCCACCA